AUGGGAGCACUGACCGGGGAUACACUGGGGCCUCUGGCCGUGGCCGUGGCUAUCUUCCUGCUCCUGGUGGACCUGAUGCAUCGGCGCCAACGCUGGGCCCCACGCUACCCACAAGGCCCCAUGCCCCUGCCUGGGCUGGGCAACCUGCUGCAGGUGGACUUCCAGGACUCGAUUUGCAGCUUUACUCGGCUGCGGCGUCGCUUCGGGGACGUGUUCAGCCUGCAGCUGGCUUGGAAGCCCGUGGUCGUGCUCAACGGGCUGGCGGCCAUGCGCGAGGCGCUGGUGCACCGCGGCGAGGACACCUCCGACCGCCCACCUGCACAUAUCUUCGAGCACCUGGGCUUCAGGCCGCGCUCCGAAGGGGUGAUCUUUGCCCGCUUUGGACGCGCGUGGCGGGAGCAGCGGCGCUUCUCCGUGUCCACCCUGCGCAACUUCGGCAUGGGCAAGAAGUCCCUGGAGCAGUGGGUGACCGAGGAGGCCUCGUACCUCUGUGCCGCCUUCGCCGACCAGGCCGGAAGGCCCUUUAGCCCCAACGCCCUCCUGAAUAAAGCGGUGAGCAACGUGAUCGCCUCCCUGACCUUCGGGCGCCGCUUCGACUACAACGACCCGCGCUUCCUCAAGCUCGUGGACCUAACAGAGGACUUGGUGAAAGAGGAGUCAGGCUUCCUGCCCGAGGUGCUGAACGCGAUCCCCGUGCUCCUGCACAUCCCCGGGCUGGCUGCUAAGGUCUUUCCAGGGCAUAAGACCUUCAUGGCCCUGCUAGAUGAGCUGGUCACCGAACACAGGAUAACCCGGGACCGGGCCCAACCACCUCGAGACCUGACUGAUACCUUCCUGGAUGAAGUGGAGAAGGCCAACGGGAACCUGGAGAGCAGCUUCAAUGAUGACAACCUACGCAUGCUGGUGGCUGACCUGUUCUCUGCCGGAAUGAUGACCACCUCGACCACGCUGGACUGGGCGCUCCUGCUCAUGAUCCUGCACCCAGAUGUGCAAUGCCGUGUCCAACAGGAGAUCGAUGAGGUGAUAGGGCAGGCGCGGCGACCAGAGAUGGGGGACCAGGCCUGCAUGCCCUUCACCAUGGCCGUGGUCCACGAGGUUCAGCGCUUUGGGGACAUCAUCCCACUGGGCGUGGCCCACAUGACAUCUCACGACAUUGAAGUGCAGGGCUUCCUCAUCCCCAAGGGGACCACGCUCAUCACCAACCUGUCAUCAGUGCUGAAGGAUGAAACCGUCUGGAAGAAGCCCUUCCGCUUCCACCCUGAGCACUUCCUUGACACCCAGGGCCACUUCGUCAAGCAGGAGGCCUUCAUGCCCUUCUCAGCAGGCCGCCGCUCGUGCCUCGGGGAGCCCCUGGCCCGCAUGGAGCUCUUCCUCUUCUUCACCUGCCUCCUGCAGCGCUUCAGCUUCUCGGUGCCCUCUGGGCAGCCCCGCCCCAGCGAUCAUGGUGUCUUUGGCUUCCUGGUGACCCCGUCCCCCUACCAGCUCUGCGCUGAGCCCCGCUAGAGGGGUGACACCAAGCCUUGAACCCACUCCUCAGCAGGGGUCCUGAUGUCCAAUA